UCAACCUCAUUCAUAAGGGGAGCUUUUGUCCGUGAGCUCCAUGCUCUACACAGCCUAUACAAGCGUCAGGUUUUUUGGAAAGGUUGGCUAACAAGACAAGCUGUAUUAAUCAAUGCCUUGCCCAUCUAAAAUGCAAGCAAACCUGCCUUCUCCAUGUUGAACUUGGAUGGCAUAUGCCUCCCGGGGUUGGAGUGCUGCCGUAAGAACACGCCACCUCUUGGCGCACUAGCAUUAAAAAGAGCGGGAGAGAGACGCACGCGCCAUCACCUAAUUAGCCUACUCCUUUGCUGAAGUCUACAUUUGUUACAGCGGUAGAGACAGCAAUUCUUGAACAUGUAAUCGUGAAGUUCGUCAACGCUGUAGGAGCCCGGUCUCUUCCUACGUGUUGUAGUUGUUUACAAUACAAAAGGACUGGCGUGGAAUGUGGUGCAACGAGCAAUAUCGAGUGAGCAUCGCGCUGGUGUUCCUUGAGUAGAGGCUGCUGCGGGGAGAGGGGAGCUUGUAAUUAGCUUUUUACACGGGUACCUCGUUCUCACUGACGAGCAAAAUAAUACACGGAUGAUGUGUUUUUACUCUCUACCGUUCUCCGUUCUCUCUCGGUUAAAAACAAAGGAUUCAAUAGAAAGGGCGUUGAAAGAUUUCACAUAAAGACAAGGUUUUUUGUUGUUGUUUCCAGUCAGUUGUUUUCGCCAAGGGUUCUGUCCAUUGUGGAAAACUGAAAAUCAAGAUGAAAUUUCCCACAGAAAACCCAAGAAAACCAGGGCACCCCAACCCUUCGCCAGUGGCAGCCCAGACCAAUCUGUUCCCCCAAAAGAAGGUCCAGCCAGGCAUGAUGAGUUCCAGCCUGGUGCAGGCCAGUGUGGCCACCAUGCAGAACCCCAUGGGCUGCACUGUUCCCCGACUCUCUCCGUCAAGGCCCGCCAGCAUGGUGGCCAGUAUGGAGGCGGUGGGCGAGGACGGCUCGCCCCUGUUUACCGUCAUGAAGUGGAAGACGGUGGUGGCGGUAUUCGUGGUUGUGGUGGCAUAUCUGGUCGGGGGAGGUCUGGUGUUCCGGGCCCUGGAACAGCCCUUCGAGAGCAACCAGAAGGUGACCAUCACUGCGGAGAAGGCAGCGUUCCUGCAGAAACACCCCUGUGUCUCACCGACGGAGCUGGAGGCACUCAUCAAGCACUCUGUAGAUGCUGUGAAUGCUGGGGUCAGCCCGAUAGGAGACACAUCCUAUAACUCCAGUCACUGGGACCUGGGCAGUGCCUUCUUCUUCGCCGGAACAGUCAUCACAACCAUAGGGUACGGUAACAUUGCCCCCAGCACGGAGGGUGGGAAGAUUUUCUGUAUCCUGUAUGCAAUAUUCGGCAUCCCUCUGUUUGGGUUUCUGCUAGCCGGUGUGGGAGACCAGCUAGGGACCAUUUUUGUGAAAAGCAUCGCGAAGGUGGAGAAAAUGUUCAGACGCAAACAGAACCAGAUCAGCCAGACAAAGAUCCGAGUGGCCUCCACGUUACUCUUCAUCCUGGCGGGCUGCAUCCUCUUCGUCACCAUCCCUGCAGUCAUCUUCAAACACAUAGAAGGCUGGACAGGACUGGAGGCCAUUUACUUUGUUGUCAUCACUCUGACAACUAUUGGAAUAGGAGACUAUGUGGCAGGAGGGGACCGGAGGGUGGAGUAUCGUAAUUGGUAUAGACCACUGGUGUGGUUCUGGAUCCUGGUGGGUUUGGCCUAUUUCGCUGCUGUGCUGAGUAUGAUCGGUGACUGGCUGAGGGUUCUGUCCAAGAAGACAAAAGAGGAGGUCGGUGAGAUCAAGGCCCACGCGGCUGAGUGGAAGGCCAACGUGCGCGCAGAGUUCCGGGAGACGCGGCGGCGCCUGAGUGUGGAGGUCAGCGACAAGCUCCAGCGGGCCGCCACCAUCCGUAGCAUGGAGCGCCGCCAGCUGGGCCUGGACCAGCGGGCCGUCUCUAUGGACAUGCUCUCCCCGGAACGCCGUGCCGCCUUUAACAGUCUGGACACCAACCCCUACAAGACCUCGUCCCAAGAGAGCAUUGAUACCAAGCUCAACAACCUGCGUCUGAGAGGGGCCGAGUGUGGUCCACACCGGUCUGACAAUGUGGCGGCCUCGGAGGACAACAUCUUUAAUCGCUUGGGCUCUGUCACCAAGCUGGCCAAGAGGAGCAAGAACCGCGAGCUGAAGAAAAACAUCCCAGAUCAACUACGAUGCAGGCCCUAUAGUACUCCGCCCAUAGAGAUGGGGGAGAGUAAGGAGGAAGAUGAGGAAGAUGAGGGGUUAGACAAAGAGUUCAACACCAGCCUGUCCGAUCUGCCGCUGUUCGUGGAAGUGUGCAAGCCCCAGAACGGUUUUACAGUACCAUUCAUACCACUACAGACCAAAGAUAAAGAAACUGAGGAGGAGACAUUUGAACUGUAAGAAAAGGAGCUGCAUAUCCAGAUGGAUCCUUAAGACUGUUGGCUGUUCCUCCUGAGAUAAAUAUGUUUUAAACAUCACUACCGUAUGUGCCUUACAUCUCUCUCACUCCUUUGUGUGCUUGAUAUUAGGGGAACAGUUGUGUCCCUGUGUGCUAUGUAAUGUUAUUCAAUAUUCACUGUGCCGUAAUAACCUGAAGUUAAGACAUGGGCAUCAUCAGUUUCUACAAUCACGUGGUAAAAUAUUGAGAUUCGGGGUUCAGUGGUACAGAACAACCAAAAUGAUGGUCAUGUUUUAUUUUGAGGGAAGAGAAGAUGGCUGCUAAUCAGAAGAGUCAAAAAUAAAGCAAAUAAGAUGCAGUGGAAGACUGCUAUGAUGUCUCUUUGGGGAGUCUGUGACCGAUAUGCACAUAGUGGACUAUGAUAGUCCUAAAAACUAUCUGAGGUCAUUUUAGGACCAGAGAACUGAGCUGCUGAGAGAAGAACAAACUUUGUGAAAGACUGGAGAGUAACUCAGAUUUGGUAAUUUGGUCUCAUUCCAUCACAAUACAUAAACUCUAUGGAAAAUGGAUUUAAAAAAAGGAAUAAACACGGCCACAUUGUGUGUGCAUGUUACAUGAGCUAAGCUGUUUAAUGUCUAAGUGUAUGACUACGCUACCAACUUCAUGAACUUUCUUUAAAACUUGAAUCUCAGGGCUUGUGGUCCUAAUGUUGUCAUUGAAAUGUGACUAAAGGAUGCUGCAUUCACACUUUGUAAAAGAGUAGCUUUGGCUGCGCUUAGAAUGGCUUUCAGAAGAUGACAGUUUAUGACAAUGGAACGGAAGAUUAGCCACAAUGCAAGGAAGGAGAAAAUGCCACUAAUUGCAUAGACAGGAUACUGUCAAAUUUGAGAAUUUGGGACACAGUUUUUUUGGCGGUAACUUGUUUGAUACAAAAAAUCCAAGGAUUUGCUUGAAUACAGUGUGUUACUCUGAGACGACAUCUGUUUAUAGUGUACCAUGUUACAUUGAUGUGUUCUAUAAAGAACAUUGAUGUGUUCUAACAGAGGGAUAAUAACACUGAAAACAUGCACGAAUCAACUUUGCAUUUCAAUUGUGGUUUACUAAUAGUAUUAUAAUAAUCUAAUUACAAACCCUUUAAGAUGCAUGGGUUAAAUAACAUUACCUCUAUGUAUAUCUCCCUCAAUUUCUCACCCACUCGCACGCGCACACUUCACACACGCAUAUACACACCGAAAUUUUAAUUCCUUGUGUUUGCAUUGAUAUGGGUGCAGAAUUAGCAUGGUGUGAAUGCAGCAAAGGACUCUCAAUGCUAUAACGCUACAAAUAAAUGCUUAUUAAAAAAGACAUGGAACACAAAAGCAUGCUAUUUUGCAAAAAUAUUAAUGCUAUAUGGUAUUGAUUGUAUACCACCACUUGCUUCAGAAGAGGAUGGUCAGCAUAGCAUUUUUAACUACCCAUGUUGAUAUAGCAUGGGCAACACCUGCUCGGUAUUUGGACGUUGUUCACAGUAUUACUUGUGCCACCAUUACAUUAAAUGUAGUGAGUGCCUUUUGGAAAUAAAUAUCACU